AUGUCUGCUGUCGCUUCACCCGCAGCAGCUCCCAGUGAGCUCCCCAAGCCCACCGAGCAGCCGGCUGCCGGUGAGGGCCAAGCAGCGGCUGCGACCGCUACCGAGAGCAACGGCGACAAGCCUACCGCUGAUGGCGAGACCGCAAAGGCUGCCGAAGCCGGUGGCGCCGCAGACACCAACGCUCGCAACACGAACAGCAGCAACGACAACUCUCAACAGCCGAACACGAGCUUGUACGUAGGAGAGCUGGACCCUUCAGUCACUGAGGCAAUGCUCUUCGAGAUCUUCAACAUGAUCGGACCAGUCGCCUCCAUUCGUGUGUGCCGCGAUGCCGUCACUCGUCGCUCGCUCGGCUAUGCUUACGUCAACUUCCUCAACGCCUCUGAUGGCGAGCGGGCCCUUGAGCAGCUCAACUACUCGCUUAUCCGCAACCGCCCGUGCCGCAUCAUGUGGUCGCAGCGUGACCCUUCGCAACGCCGCACCGGGCAGGGCAACAUCUUCAUCAAGAACCUUGAUGAGGCCAUCGACAACAAGGCUCUGCACGACACCUUUGCUGCGUUCGGAAACAUUCUCUCCUGCAAAGUUGCCAUUGGCGAGGGCGGCUCUCUUGGCUACGGGUUCGUCCACUACGAGACUGCCGAGGCUGCUGACAACGCCAUCAAGCAUGUCAAUGGCAUGCUGCUGAACGACAAGAAGGUGUUCGUCGGUCACCACGUGCCGAAGAAGGAACGCCAGCAAAAGAUCGAAGAAGCUCGCGCGCGCUUCACCAACGUGUUUGUCAAGAACCUCGACCUCGAGGUCACGCAAGAGCAGUUUGAGGAACUAUUCAACAAGUAUGGCCCAGUCACCUCUGCUGCUCUGUCUGUGGACGACGAAGGCAAGAGUCGCGGGUUCGGCUUUGUCAAUUACCAGGAUCACGAGCACGCUCAGAAGGCUGUAGACGAGCUGCACGACACCGAGCACAAUGGACAAAAGCUGUUCGUCGCUCGUGCGCAAAAGAAGACCGAGCGUGAGGACGAGCUGCGCCGCUCGUACGAGGCUGCCAAGAACGAGAAGCUGUCGAAAUUCCAGGGCGUCAACCUGUACCUCAAAAACAUCCCAGAAGACUUUGAUGAUGAGCGUCUGCGCGAAGAAUUUGCACCUUUUGGCACCAUCACUAGCUGCAAGAUCAUGCGCGCACCCUCUGGCGUCAGCCGCGGAUUCGGUUUCGUCUGCUACUCGGCGCCGGAUGAGGCCAACAAGGCGGUCACAGAGAUGAAUGGCAAGAUGCUGGACAACAAGCCGCUAUACGUUGCUUUGGCCCAGCGCAAGGAUGUGCGUCGUCAGCAGCUCGAGGCUCAGGUCAUGCAGCGCAACCAGCUGCGUCUUCAACAGUGGGCUGCGACUGUCGGUGCUGCGCCCGGCUAUCCUGGAGGCGCUAAUGGUGCUCCCAUGUACUAUCCGCCUGCUGGAUUUGCUGGUCAACCCGGAGCUGGUAUGCCAGGACGUCCUCGUUACGCGCCUGCGGGCAUGAUGCCUCAAGGUUUCCCUCAAGCUACUCCUUACGGCCAGCCCCCCGGCCAAUUCCCCGGCCAAAUGAUGGGAGGACCUCCCGGAUACCGUGGACCUCGCCCUCCUCGUGGCGCUGUUCCAGGUGGCGUGCCUGGUGGUGUUCCUCUCCCAGCCGGUGCUCGUCCUCCUGGAGGACUUGCUAACGGUCAGCCUCCUCGUCCCAAUGGCUUGCCAAACGGCGCUCCCAUUCCAGGACGUGGCAUUCCUGUUCCCGGUGCUCGCGGUCCGGGCGCUGGUCGCCCUCAGGCCUCUCCUAGUGCUCAACCUGCUCUCACCGCCGCUGCUCUUGCCAACGCCGGCCCAGAGGAGCAGAAGCAGAUCCUCGGAGAGGCUCUCUACCCUCGCAUCAAGCAGAGCCACGAUGCUCUUGCUGGCAAGCUCACUGGUAUGCUUCUCGAGCUCACCACCAGCGAGCUGCUUCACCUUCUCGAGGAUGAGGAGAGCCUCAACGCCAAGGUCGACGAGGCUCUCGAGGUGCUCCGCGAGUUUGAGGCUGCUGAGGCACAAGGCCAGCAGUAGAUGUUUCCCUCCAUGAUCAAGCGACCGCGCAACGAAGCGAGUCACGAUCUUUUCCAUGCCCACCUUCCAUAGCCACCAUGUCGUUGCGCAUUCGUUCGCGACUGUUUGCACACAGCCACAACCCGCUUUUCGGCGUCGCGCGAGUCUCGUCUGCCGGUGUCCGUUCGCAUCCACGUGAAGCAGCUGUACGCACAUCAGCCGAGCUCUGAAUCGAAUUGUGCCUUGAGAAAACAUCAUUCGCGUGAGAUUUAGCUACAUACUUUAAAAUGCAGCAAGCUUUCCAAUCGUUCGGUGAGA